AUGUCAAGUUUCAAAAUUGCUACAACCGAAAAAAACAAACCGUUAUUGAUACAUAACGGUUUUAAUUAUACGAUUGAUCGAACUUCAGAAAAAAAAACUUAUUGGAAAUGCGAAUAUUGUCGAACUAUUAAAUGUAAAGGAAGAAUACACACUGAUGUUAAUUUCACUAAUAUUUUGCGCGAAAAUGGUGAUCAUAAUCAUCCUGCAAAUGCUGCAAAUACUGAAGUUAGAUUAUUUCAAGAUGAAGUGCGUUCUCGUGCUAUGAAUACAAACGAAAGUACUCAAAAUAUUAUCGACAAUUGCUUAAGAAAUGCAUCGGAUCAAAUGGUAGCACGUCUUCCAAAUUUCAAAAACAUUAAAAGAAAUAUUCAACGACAACGACAACAAAAUGAUUUACCUAAAUUUCCAUUAGAUAAAAAUUUUAAUAUAAUUCCACCAUCUUUAACAACAACAUUUAAAAAUGAAAAAUUCUUAAUAUUUGAUUCUGGACCUGGUAAUAAUCGUUUACUUAUAUUCGCAUCUAUUAAUCAAUUAAGAAUAUUAGAAGGUGCUGAAGAAAUUCUAAUUGAUGGUACAUUUAAAGCGCUUUUUGCUGUACUUGCUGAUAAACAACAACAAACGUAUCAACGAUUAAUUAAUGAAUUAAAAAAUUUGUGUCCUUCAUGGAAUCCCAAAUUAAUAAUGGUUGAUUUCGAAAAGGCGGAAAUUAAUGCUUUUCAAUCAUCAUUUGGUACAGCUACAAAUUCAGUUGGAAUGUCAGCUUGCUUUUUUCAUCUUCAAAAAAGUAUAUUGCGCAAAUUACAAGAUCUGGGAUUGAAAAAUAAUUAUGAAAAUGAUUCAGAAUUUGCAUAUAAUGUUCACAAAAUUUCUGCAUUAGCAUUUCUUCAACCAUCUGAUGUUGCACAAGCAUUCGACGAUCUCUAUCUAUCUUUACCUCCAAUCUUAGAGCCUGAAAUGGAUUAUUUUGAAGAUUCGUACAUUGGAAGACGUCGACCAAAUGGACGUGCAACACCGAGAUUUCCGAUUGACUUAUGGAAUAUGCAUUACCGAACAAUCAAUGAUUUAAUGCGUACUAAUAAUCAAGCAGAAGCUUGGCACAGAAGGCUCAACUCUGUAAUACAAUGUGAGCAUCCAUCUCUAUGGAUUUUUAUUCAAAGUCUUCAGAAAGAAGAAAAUUAUAUUCGUUGUCAAAUUGUUAAAUUGGAUGCUGGAGAUAAAUCAUUUCGAAAUAAAAAAUAUUUAGAUUAUAGUCAACGUUUAAAGAACUUGUUACUAUCUCCACAUCCAACUCUUCUUACACAAUUAGAAGGACUAGCAAGAAAUUUGUAA